AAUGUUUACCCUUAUCACUAACAAAACCAAGAAUCAUAUUCCCAAAUCACCAUCCCAUUUGGUGUGUUUCCACUUGCAAAGUGAGAGUGCCAACACAAACAGAGUAGCUUCUUCUGUUUUUGUACACAGUUAAGUGAAGAUGCAGGACAUGAGAGAUCAAAAUCCUCCACAAGGAUAUCCAGCUGCAGAACAAGUCUCUGAACAACCAGGUCAAGACAAAAAGAAGAAGAAAUCACGGUUUUUCGAGACAAAGCAGAAAGGAGACAGAGGCUUCAUUGAAGGAUGGUAA